ACGACCCGCUGCGAGAAGGGAACUUAUCCUCAUCUUCAUAUCUGACUUUAGCCUGUAUUUUCCGGACACUUUACAGCGGAGGACGAAUCUGAGGUCGUUUUCUAUUUUCUCUUUGGAAAUGAAGGACAUAUUCACCCCAGAUUAAAACGGAGAAGUGAAGUUACUUACUUUUACCCGCUGAUUUUUUUUUUUUUUUAAAUAACCGUCAGAGGAUAGUUUUUAUAGGGUCUGGUUUGUUUUUACGACUAACAACCGGAUUAUAACGUCUAAACCAUGGCCGAUAACAAGCACCCACAGGUUAUUUUUUGCAACGACUCGCCUAAAAGAGUUUUGGUGUCCGUUAUCAAAACCACGCCGAUCAAACCCAGAAAGGAGCAGGCUCUUACACCGACCAGCCCCGGCUUCAGCGACUUUAUGGUCUACCCGUGGAAGUGGGGGGAGAACGCCCACAAUGUGACCCUGAGCCCGGGCUCACUGAGCGGGGCUUCGUCUCCUACCGGGACCCAGACAGUCAGAGAGGCGGACACGGCUCCUUCACCUGACCAGAUGAAGGAUGGGAUCCGAAGAGGCCGUCCACGAGCUGACACCGUUCGAGAGCUGAUAAGUGAGGGGGAGACUUCAUCCAGCCGUAUUCGCUGCAACAUCUGCAACAGGGUGUUCCCCCGAGAGAAGUCUCUGCAGGCUCACAAGAGGACGCACACAGGAGAGAGGCCCUAUAUGUGUGACUAUCCAAACUGUGGCAAGGCUUUUGUCCAGAGUGGACAGCUGAAGACACACCAGAGACUGCACACUGGGGAAAAACCCUUUGUCUGCUCAGAGAAAGGAUGUGGCAACCGAUUCACACAUGCCAAUCGCCACUGCCCUAAGCAUCCUUUUUCCCGUCUGAAGAGAGAGGAACCAAAGGAAGACCCGGGGAAGGCCCAGUCAGUUGACAACAAGGCUGUGGCAGAGUGGCUGGCAAAGUAUUGGCAAACCCGUGAGCAGCGCGCCCCCACAACAACCAAGGUGAAACAGCAUGGCAAGGCCAGAGCCGAGGACCAGGAACAGCAAGAUCCCAUGGAAUUCCUCCAGUCCGAUGAAGAGAACGGAGAAGAUGAAGAGAUGGCAGAUGAGGAGAAAGGGAACCAGGGUGGAGCAGCAAAACGCCGUCUCCAAGAGCAACGAGAGCGUCUUCACGGCGCGCUGGCGCUCAUUGAGUUGGCCAACAACUUGUCCGCCUAAACACCGACCCACUACCUAAUCCUGGACUCCCCGUACCCUGUCCCUUCGUGUCUCCAUUCCCAACCUGCCUUCCUGCUAUAUGUGCUGUUGCUAGAGUCAUAAAUGCAGAUUUGUGGCUAGUUUAGCUGAUUGUAUCAAGCUGUAAAAUAGGGCUGAAUGAUAUGCAAAAAAAAAAAAAAAAAUCUUUAUUUUGACAGGAAUUAGGGAGAAUUGUUAAAAAAAAAGACUUUGUAGCAGUCUGCACUAAACAACCAACCAUGUGCUUCAUUUCUAAUGUCCAAUUGUGACAUUUGAUCCAGAAAAAACUGCAGCUACAUUUGGAUAUUGCACUUUGCCACCUUGCAAUUCAAUACUGUUAUGGUAAGUUGUUCAGCCCUAUUGUAAAAAUCAGUCUGAUGAGAAAGAGCUUCAUUGGCCUGAGCUCAGUUUUCAUACACAGCGUCAUCCGUUCCCCCCCCCCAGCACCAGGAAGGCACAAGCUAAAGCACCUUAUUCAGCUUCCAUUUUAUCCUUUUAGGCUGCUAUAAUUGUAGAUUUGACUAUAUGAAGAAUGUCUUUCUUUCUUCCGUCUUCUAAAGGCAAAGAAAGAAUAUCUUUUAUGGUUUAAAUUUUUGUUUGCACUUUGAUGGUAACGAGUUUUUUAAGUAUAUUAUGAGUGUAAGAGUGUGUGUGGAUGGCUGAUGUAUAUAUGGAUUAAGCUCAGAUGGACAGAUUGAUACAGGGUGUGCUCAAACAUAGGAUAUGGAAGUUGCAUUCUGAUUGUCAGGUGACCUCUGGUCAUGCUCCUGGAAGCACAAUUUUGCCACCACUGGUGACAGUAGUGGUGGCCGGAACGGACUGAGAAAGGUUCCAAUAGUUCUCUCACCUCGCCAGUACAGUUCCUCCCAAAAGCUCUGAAUAUAGGUGGAUUAAGGAGGACACAAGAAGAGUCUGUAGCUGGAUGAGGUUGAUAUGUGAUAUGGUCAUUCUAAUAUGGGAUUGAGAGGUGACCAUUGCAAGCCUAAUCCAGAAGUCUGGUUAAGCACAAGCUUUCCCGUAAAUCCAAACUCUAACAGCUUUUCCUCUUGUCGGUUUACUCAAAACUGCAUCGACUUCUGGACUAAAUUAUUCAUGUUUCACGGUGUUUGAAGGUGCAAAGUACCUUAACUGACAUACCACAAUUACAGUUUAUUUAGAAAAAAUACAAAACUCGCAGGCUGAAGGGUGUUUUCCCAACCAGACAGGAUGAUGGCGGUCAUCUUUUAUAUUAAAAGGUGGCAGGUCUGCUAUGGAUGCAGUCAUCUCAUUUCAAUGUUUUAAUUAUGAGAUAUUUAUUUCACUAUAUUUUUCUUUUGGCUAACAUUUUGUUUGGUCAUUUAAGGGCAGAGAUCUCAUCAGUAAAAACCAAGUUUUAAAAAACGUAUCAAAUCUGGUCAGUAUACAGUACAUCAAUCGAAUUCUGUAUCCUUUAGUUUAGGAUCCAGCACUUACAUCCUCUAUUAAAUCUUGGAUUAAGCUUGCAAUGCACUGAAGAUUAUUUUUGGCAUAUGUGUCCUGGGAAAUGGCACCUGUUUGCAUAAACUGUUGUGUGUAGUGCUGGAUGUUUGAUUUUGAAUUUGUUUUUAUAGCGACACUACAUCCUUCAACACUGUAUGACGCCUCUCAUAACUGCCCUGUUUCUGCUCGCUCUAACAGUGAUGUUUCAGUCUGUAGAUUAACAAAACUGCCCAUGUGAAGUUGAUGUGAAACUGGAAGGCAAGUUAAUUGUUGAUUAUCAAAACACCAAAUGAUUUAUUGUACCCAAUCAUAGUAUAUUUUGAAGUAUUUCUAACCCCUAGUUUCUUUUGUGGUUUGAGAAGAUUAUGGCAUUUAAUAUAUACACUUUGUGUUUGUUAGAGGAUUGAGUGUGCACAAUUUACCAAAAGCUUUUCAAGUUGAUUUCUAGUUUGGAUUUUUCCCCUUCUGCUAAUAUUUCCCAAUGGUUUUCAUUAUUUGCGCAUUUAUAGAUCAAUCCUGCUUGCUUAGUAGGCAUUUUGUUACACAUUUUACAGAUAAGUCUUCUCUGACAAGCUGUCCACACUGUUAUGUAAUUGGUCUUCAAUAAACAUUCACUGAACCU